GGUUCCUAUUAAAUUUCCCUGCUAAUGUCUAAUUGGCUGGGAACUAAGACACACCCUCUUUUGGAAUGCAUAAAUAGAAAGCAAAGUAUUUUAGACCCUUCACUUGAAACCACAACUCUGGUGACACAGACGAAGAUGCUCAGAGUCAGAGCAAUCAUUGUUGCUACCUUGAUUUCCUUUGUUGCUGCAGGACCAUGGGGACAGAUAUGUGCUGGGAAUCCUAGGAACAAAGCAAGGGGUUGCGAUGGAUAUGGCUGCGGAUAUUAUUCAGCUCCAAGAGAGGACGGUAAAAGAAAGCACCUAGGGGUGGAUGUUAUAUGCGGAGAUGGCUCAACAGUGUAUGCUCCUUUCAGUGGCAUGAUUGAGAGACGAAUGAACCCCCAUGGAGGGAGAAGUGUCAUUAAUAACGGUGUCAAACUUCGUGGAUCAGGUUUCUGCGUCCAUAUGUUCUAUAUCAGGCCUGUUACAUACAGAGGUUGGAUCGACAAGGGACAAAAAAUUGGAGAAAUGCUGCCAAUGCAAAGAGUAUAUCCUGGUAUAACAUCUCAUGUUCAUGUCCAGAACUGUAACCGCUUUAAUGUCACUCACACUGUACAUCGUAACUUCAACUCGAGCAAAGAACUCUGGCGAAACGGCUGUAACAUGUUCCCACUCAAAGUGAUUGUUUUUGUUGCCUUGGUUUCCAUUGUUGCUGCAGGACCAUGGGGACAGAUAUGUGCUGGGAAUCCUAGGAACAAAGUAAGGGGCUGUGACAAAUUUGGCUGUGGACAUUAUGGAGCUCCAAGACUUGGAGGAAGAAAGCACCGGGGAGUGGACGUAAUAUGCAGAGAUGGAUCAACAGUGUAUGCACCGUUUAGUGGCACAAUUGGGGGACGAGUUAACCCCUAUAGGAAGAAUAAUGCCAUUAAUAAUGGCCUCCUCCUCCGUGGAUCAGGUUUCUGCAUACAUAUGUUCUACAUCAGGCCAGUUCGAUACCGUGGUUGGAUCAAGAAGGGACAAAAAAUUGGAGUAAUGCUGCCAAUGCAAAGAGUAUAUCGUGGUAUGACAUCCCAUGUUCACGUCCAGAACUGUAACCGCUCAAAUCCCACUCGCAAUUUAUAAACGGAAAUGUACAUUCAAUGGAAAUGUACAAAAUCGCAAAUAAAAUCAUGUGAGCAAAACAAAAGCAAAUUUCUUCUCCUCCUCCACAGACUGUAUGUAGUCCAUGGGAAAGGAAAAGACA